GACAAUUAUAAGUUUGUACCUCCUAUAUGCAAAAUCUGAGGGAAGCACGUAGGCAAGAUGGCCUGAUGCAACGCUCCAUUCGCGAGGUGAACACGUCAAGUCGCUGGUGUGUGCUGUGGGACCUGGAUGAGGACACACACUACAGUGUGCAGUCUCAUUUGUGUUGUGUUCAGGUGCAGUCUGUCGGACCCCAGGGUGACAGUCAGCCCAGCCGCGCCAUCCACUUCAGGACGUUGGAAAGAAGCGACCAUUACCCGGCUGGAGUGCUGGACCACCACGAACCUGCUAUGGAAGGUUUGGGCAUGACGCCUCACCUGCAGACUGGGGAGCUGCUCAUCAUCACCACGGUUCUGCUGCUGUGGGCAGCCGUUAUCGCCCUGUUUUGCCGGCAGUACGACAUCAUCAAGGACAGCGAUUCGAACGGUACCCGGGAAAAGGCCAAGAGGCCGUUGGUUCCAGUUCCCUCCUCUUACUACAACACAUCUCCCACCAGCUCUCCCAUCUACCAUAAUGGUGCCAUCCACAGUGGCAGGCUUCAUCGAGCCUCCUCCUCUAUCAGCAUCAUCCGAGUCUGAGGGAUAUCUCGGGUCCACAGAGGGACAUCGUCCAAGAAGUUGCCAUGAUUUGAUCGCCACACAUCCGCAAAUGGAUGAAACGGUCUUCAAUAGGCCAUGAGUUUAUUUUAAUGACAUGGGAGAAGCAGGCAACGCACCAUGCAAAUGAAAAACUCCUACUCGGAAGUGGUCAUUCUGGAAGUUGUUUGCUUGGUGUGGUUUAAAAAAAAAAAAAGAAAAAGAAAAAAAAAUUGUUCCUUUGUUGUGGAGGCUGCAGCGGUUUUGCAUUUAUGUCUACCAAAAACUUUCUGUUUCCAGUUUUGCUACUUCAAAGACUAAAGUGAAUGGUUGCUCGCAUGAUUUUUUUUUAAUGACAUAUGUAUGUGUAUUUAUUAGCAAGUGCAAGGCACACCGAUAGCUUUGGCUAAGCAGAUGUAUUUGUUUUUAAUUACAUAGUGAAAAAAAAUACAUGAGAUUACCAAUGUCACAUCAUUCAUAAUACUGCAUUUCAUUUUGAGCACUGCUGUCACUCAAACCCACCCUAAAGAUUAGAUUUGAAAUAGAAAAUGAGGACUAAAGUACUGCAAAGUACUCUGCAGCAUUUCAACUAAUAUAAUACAGUAGAUGACAAAAGUAGUUAUUACCAAAUCAAUUCUAAUGAAUAUGCCUGUUGACAGUGUGAAAUGAAUUUUGUAUGAGUGCUAAUUUUUAGUGUGAGAUGUGAUGUGAGUGCGUCAAAUGUGUUGGCCAUGUUAGCUUUUAUUAGGGACUAAUGUGGACAUCUAUACAGUUGAACCUUUUUAUUUUUAAAGAUGGAGUGCAACGUAACACAAAAUUUCACAUCUGACGCUAUAGUUAAUCAUGUAUCUAUGCUAAAGCUUUAGUCAGCUCAAAAUUACAGCAAGAAUCUGUAUAUGAAAAAAUAAUUUAAGGCCAUGAAUAAAAAACAAUCAAAUGAAAUAAGAAUUAUUAAAACAUAUUCUUGCACCACCAACAUAUUACACCAUCAAGGUUAUUUAUUGCAUGCUGUUCGCAUUCUUAAAAUGUCAGAAUUUCAGUAUAUUUUAAUAUAAAUAACACUUGCAGACCAUAACUAGAAAACAAUUACUCUAUCUAGAAAAAUGCCAGUAACCCAUCGGUACAGGCCUCAGACGGCCAUCCAAACAUCUAAUCAAUAACCGAACUUUCCUCAAUGUAUUCAAAACCAUUAUCAUUGUUGCUUUACCCUUAUUUCAUGCGUGUAAAAUAUAUAUCAAAAUGCUUAAUCUGUCUGAAUAGUUUUGGGCUCCUCCCUUCACAUGCAAUGGACUAUCCCAUCUUACGGUGCAUCUGCAAACUUGAUUCAAUAAGAGGGUGGCAAUAAGAAAGAAAAAGAAACACUCUUGGUGUAUUAUCAAGAAAAUGAAACAGAGUUAUCCCACUGGAGCAGAAAGAGAUGGAGGCCGGUGAAAACCAUAAUUACA